ACUCCCUCUUACUUCAUUUCAGUUCAGCUUGCGGUUAGAUUUACGCUUACACCUGUAAAAGGCGCACUCAUAAGAGACACUGGCAGAGAAUCUUCAGAUGGACGACAGAGAACUUCUUGUGGCUGAGGCAGCCCCUGCGCUAGGAGCAGCAUCGCUCUCUGCAGAACCACCGACUGCUGGAGAUGGUGGAGGCGCCCACGCAGCGGUGUACUCAGCUUUCCGCUACUCUGUUGUAGACCGUCUGUCUGCUUGUUGUCAUGGAGGAGCCAAGAUGGCGGUCCUGGCCUAUAGCCUAGGCAAACGGGAAAUAAAUCAGUAUUUCAGCAUUAAAAAUGCAAAGUUACUGUCUCUCGCAGCCGUCAUUCUUCUCACAGUGUUUCAUUCUGCCUCUCGGUAUUACGGAGGCAGUGACACAUGUGAGUGGCUCCUAUCCAAUGGACGAUUCCUUGGGGAAAACGUGUGGCAGCCAGACGGCUGCAUGAUGCACAAAUAUAAAAGCACUGAAGCAAAGACUUGCCUUAAACAUAAGAAGAUAGCAUUUGUUGGCGACUCCAGAAUCCGACAGCUUUUCUAUGCGUACAUCAGAAUUAUCAAUCCUGAGUCAAGAGAAGAUGGGAACAAGCAUGAAAACAUUCCCUAUGCAGAAUCUUCUAUCAAUGUGGAUUUCCUGUGGUAUCCAGAAGUGAAUAACUCUAUGAAGGAACAGUUGUUGUCUUGGACUGAGGGAGCUUCACCACAGCCAAAUGUCAUUAUCAUUGGAGCCGCAACGUGGUCCAUCAAACUGCACAAUGGCAGCAACUGGGCACUGUCACAAUACAAAACAAACCUUACAUUCAUAGCAUCUCCGCUAGAGAAGCUAGCAGAGCGCAGUGAAAUCUAUUGGGUAUUACAAGAUCCAGUGCACGAGGAGACACUGAAUGAUAAUCGGAAGAUGAUCACAAAUGAGCAGAUAGACAACUACAAUGAAGCGGCCCUUAAUGCUCUUAGCACCAGCGGAAGGAACACCAAGGCCAGUGUGAAGUUUCUGAGGGCCACACAGCAAGCUGCUAAAGAGACCAUCGCACAGUCAGCUGAUGGUUUGCAUCUCCCUGAGAGUACCAGGGAUGUGGGCGCCAUGAUCCUUAUGAACUCUGUGUGCAACAAGAUUCUGAGGCCCAUCGACGGCUCCUGCUGUCAGACUGUUGGUUCUCCGAGCAUUCUGCAGAAACUGGCGGGCGUACUCUUCCUGUUGGCUAUCGUCGGUUUCGUAGUGCUCCACGUGCUGGGUUAUAGCAGACAUCGCAAGAGCAAGCCAGUGUCUGACGUCGAGAGCGGCGAAGAGAAGAAACCUCCGUCAGCGGUCACGCCACUCAACACAAAAGGGCCGUUCUUUGCCAUCUGUAAGAUGGGACUCAUCAUGGCGUACUUUUACUUAUGCGACCGGGCAGACAUCUUCAUGAAAGAGCAGAAAUUCUACACGCACUCUACUUUCUUCAUUCCUCUGAUUUACAUAUUUGUCUUGGGGAUCUUCUACAGUGAGAACACAAAGGAGAGCAAAGUGCUGAACCGAGAGCAGACUGAUGAGUGGAAGGGCUGGAUGCAGUUGGUCAUUCUCAUAUAUCACAUAUCUGGAGCCAGUGCUUUCAUUCCUGUGUACAUGCAUGUCCGUGUCCUGGUGGCAGCGUAUCUCUUUCAGACAGGCUAUGGACACUUCUCAUUCUUCUGGCUGAAGGGAGACUUUGGACUUUACAGAGUUUGCCAGGUGCUCUUCAGACUCAACUUUCUUGUCGUGGUCCUCUGCUUGGUCAUGGACCGGUCUUACCAGUUCUAUUACUUUGUGCCUUUAGUUACCUUCUGGUUUGUUGUAAUCUACAUCACUAUGGCAAUGUGGCCUCAGAUUCUCCAGAAGAAAGCCAAUGGUAGUGGUAUCUGGCACCUUGGUAUUUUGAUGAAACUCUUGGGCUUGCUUCUUUUCAUAUGCUUCUUUGCUUAUUCACAGGGGUUCUUUGAGGGUAUUUUUUCCAUAUGGCCCAUUUCAAAACUCUUUGAGCUGCAAGGGAGCAUUCACGAGUGGUGGUUCCGCUGGAAGCUGGACAGAUUUGCGGUGAUCAACGGGAUGCUGUUUGCCCUUGUUUACUUGGUACUGCAGAAAUGUCAGCUUCUGUCUGAGGGUAAAGGAGAGCCCCUUUUCUCAAACAAGAUCUCCAACUGCCUGCUGUUCGUUUCUGUCGUCUCCUUCAUGACAUACUCCAUAUGGGCCAGUAGCUGUAAAAACAAGACAGAGUGCAAUGAGAUGCAUCCCUACAUUUCAGUUGUCCAGAUUUUGGCUUUCAUUCUAAUCAGGAACAUCCCUGGUUAUGCCCGCUCGCUGUACAGCUCAUUCUUUGCAUGGUUCGGGAAGAUUUCGUUAGAGCUCUUCAUCUGUCAGUAUCACAUCUGGCUGGCUGCAGACACCAAGGGCAUUCUGGUCCUCAUCCCAGGAAACCCCUCUCUCAACAUCACCAUCAGCAGCUUCAUCUUCGUCUGUGUGGCCCAUGAGAUCUCACAGAUCACCAAUGACCUGGCCCAGGUGGCAAUCCCUAAAGAGACGGCACCUUUACUGAAGAGACUGUUGGCUGCUGCGGUGUUCCUGGUGGUGGUACUAGUCCUCUCACAGUGGGAGCAGAACGCCGGUCACUGACCUGGGGGCGGAGGGGGUCUAGGACGUACACGCUUACCCAGCAAA